AGUUUUCCUUCCGGUGCUGCCGCUUUUCGGGUUGAAGGGGUUUGUUUUUGUCGUGAUGGCGGUUGCUCUGAUCCUCUCGUUGAGCGGGCGUGUCCGCUCUGCCGUCACCCUCUGUGGGUUCGCGACUCGGGGGAUGGCGGGCCCGGGGCCUAUUGGCCGCGAGCCGGACCCCGAUUCUGACUGGGAGCCGGAGGAGCGGGAGCUGCAGGAGGUGGAGAGCGCCCUGAAACGGCAGAAAAAAGCAAUCCGGUUCCAGAAAAUUCGGAGGCAAAUGGAGGCACCUGGUGCCCCGCCCAGGACCCUGACGUGGGAAGCUAUGGAGCAGAUCCGGUAUUUACAUAAGGAAUUUGCAGAGUCCUGGUCAGUUCCCAGAUUGGCUGAAGGCUUCAAUGUCAGCACUGACGUUAUCCGAAGGGUUUUAAAAAGCAAGUUUGUACCCACUUUGGAGCAGAAACAGAAGCAGGAUCAAAAAGUCCUUAAGAAAGCUGGGCCCACCCCUUUGCUUCAGCAGCUCCAGGCCUCUGGGAAUACCUCGAAGCUGCUGUCUGCAGGCCACUCGGCAUCAGGCCCUUUGCUGAUGCCAGGGAAUGAAGCCUCAUCCAAAGGCCACAGUCAUCGCACAGCUUUGAAAAUGGUGGAGUUGGACACUUGUAGGGGAAUUACACCAAGGAGACAGAAGGGAAGGAACAAAGGAAUCCAGAGCCUGGAGAAAGAGAGCUUUGUGCCUUUAGCCCUAGGUCACCACAGGGAGCUGCAGAAGUACUCCACCGGCAAUUGUGAAGGUACCAGAGGAAGUGACAAUGAUGGAUUGCCAAGUGAUGAGAAACCAGAGGAAAUGAAGGCAGGGGAGCCAGGUGACCAGAACUUCAGCAGCAAAGUAGUGCAGAGGGGACGAGAGUUCUUUGACAGCAAUGGAAACUUCCUAUACAGAAUCUGAGUCAAGGCCUAGCUUGUGGAGGUGCCAUGUGAAACACAGUUGGGCAAAUAUAUUUGGCGCUACCUGGAUUUCUGCUUAUGGAUUAGCCACCUUGGAAUAGCAAGAAGUGAUGGGCCUGGGAUAUGGGAGGGGGAAGGAGCUGCUUUUACUUCAGUCUUGACUUCGCAAGGUGAAUAUGUAAGUGGGCAGGCUGAAUGUGAGGAGCUGGAGAGAUUAGCUUCCUGGAGCACUGCUCCUGGUCUCACCCCUGUGAAUUGUCAAUACCCUUAUUGGGCUCUCUGUUGAAAACCAGCCUCUGUUGCAUGUGUUAUUUUGAGUUUUGUGAUACUUGCAAUAUAUGUUUGGGAGGAGAUGAAAAGUUUGCUUUUUGACCUCUUUUCCUUCUUAAUUAAUGAACAUGUAUGUUCUAGAGCUACUUAGUUAAUUGGCUUUUUUGUUAUGUGCAAAAUAAAGAUAAUGUAGCAGUC